GAUGCCCCCUGCCUCCAUUUCGAGCCCUUGCUGGGUAUCAUUCUCACAGUUGACAUUCACCUCCUCCUUGAAAUAGAUGACAUACAAAGUGAAGCAUUCUUACAAAAUAGAGAAAGCACUAUCUUAUAUUCUGGGGUUCUUACAGUGCAACAAGUCUGACUUUGUAGCCCUUGGCUGCUUAGGUUGUCUGUCGUCACUGUGUGUUGGGUCUCCCCUUCCAUGAUAGGCUUCCCUCUGGGCUCUACGGUGCAGUCUGAAACCAAGGGCAUCUGGAUGUGGUGUGUGCCUCACCCCUCUAAGACUGAUUGCACUCUGGUCCUUCUGGACACCGAGGGCCUGGGCGAUGUGGAAAAGGGCAACCCUAAGAAUGACUCAUGGAUCUUUGCCCUGGCCGUGCUCCUGAGCAGCACCUUUGUCUACAACAGCAUGAGCACCAUCAACCACCAGGCCCUGGAGCACCUGCAUUAUGUGACAGAGCUGACAGAACUCAUCAGGGCAAAGUCCUCUCCUACAUCAGAUGGAGUAGAUGAUUCCACAGAGUUUGUGAGUUUCUUUCCAGACUUUAUCUGGACUGUGCGGGAUUUCACCCUGGAGCUGAUGUUAAAUGGUCACCCUGUCACAGAAGAUGAGUACCUGGAGAAUGCCUUGAAGCUGGUUCCAGGUAACCGCACAUGGCUGGGCAGUGGAUGGUCCAAUACAGGGUGCGAGGUAUUAGACACCAUGUCUGGAGUUGCAUUUGUACUUGAGACUACAUGAAGUCUGUAGAAAAGAUGGCUGGGAGAGGGGUUGAAAAGCGCUGUGGACUGGAGUUUAAGUCCACGUAAGAAAAGUAGAGCCUGAAGUAGAGUAAAAUGAUUCAUAACCAAUUUGUUCUUUCCCCAAUAUGUAAUUUAGCAUCCAAUUGUAACCUAGAAUACAGGGAUGCUAAAGCCUUCUAAAGACCAGGCACUUUUGUUUGUUAUUUUAGCUUCUGCUUUUCCAUGUUGAGGAAGACAACUGAUCAAAUACUUGCUGGGAAUAAAAUUACAAUGACAAGCCUAUCCAAUGAAAAAAAAAUCAUUCACAUAGUUAGAUAUUAUUCUUCUAAAAUGGGCAUAUGACUUUCUAAUGUCUUCAUACAUGUGUUAUCAAUAAAAAUGGCAUUAUGUUGUAAUAAACUGGAAGAAGUAUAUUUUUUCUUUUUAGUCUAUCAUUUGUGACAUUUUUGAUAUUUAUC